AUGCUGACCAGCCGGCUCAACGACGCCGCCAUUCUCCUACACCUCUCUCUAAACGAUAAUGGCAUCAAUUAUGCUGUGAUCGGGGGUUUCGCCAUCACCCAUUUCGGCGGCAACCGGCAAACCAAGGACAUCGACUGCAUCGCAAACGCCUCUAAAGAGCAGAUCAUCGAUGCACUCGACACAGAAGCCGGACUUGUCGUAGUCUCCCAAGACCGCAAUGACUACGUCGGUGUCUCAUGGCCGGAUAGGCCCGAUCGCGGUAAUACCGUACUGAUUCACAUUUUCUGCUCAGUGUACCCAGGCGCACGAUUCCCUAACGCUCUUUUUCGAUUCGAGACUCACGAAGUGAAGGGCGAUACCUUUGGCAAUGGCGUGGUAAGUUUCCAUGAGCCAUUCUACUUGUUCAAGGCCGCACUUCGAGCGGCGGGGGCGCGGUCGAAUUUUCUUGAUUCUGUUGAUCUUCGAUGGUUGGUGCAGCGAUACACUACUGAGAUUAAGGUAAGACGGCACAAAAUUCAUCUUGUGGAUGUUGGCCGUGCGCUUAAGCAGCACCCUAAUCUUGAAGGUUGUUUUGAUCCCCUUGGGAUUGAUAUCACCAAAGCUAAAAUUGCUGCAAAGGACUUUAUUCCGGCUCGAUAUUCUUCUCAAAGGCUGGAAGAUCCGCCGAAGGGUUUGUUUGAUAGCCUGGCUGACUCUUGA